AUGACGAUGCAAUGUGAGAGGAGUGGUGAAUACAAGCCACUUAAGACGAGGAAGAAACCGAAGCUUGAAGGCACGAGCUCAAGGAAGUGUAAUUGUCUGUUUAGGUUGAAAUGUUUCUUUGAAAAAAAAAAACAAGAAUGGUGGAUUGCAAUGCUUUGUGGAGUUCACAACGAUGACUUGGCGCCAAAUUUAUCCGGCCACCUUCUUGCGGGUCGACUAAGAGGGGAGGAGAAGCAAAGAGUUAUCAACAUGACAAAGAGCUUGGCAAAGCCUAGGAAUAUUCUCACAGAUUUGAAGGAAAAAAACAAAGAAAGUGUGACACUCAUCAAGCAAGUGUAUAAUGCACGAACUAGAUGGCGCAAGGGGCAAAGAGAGGACAAGACCGAGUUGCAAUACUUGAUUACAGAGUUGGAGAAGCAUCGAUAUGUCUACUUCACAAGAGCUAAUAGCGAGGAAACCACACUUGAAGAUUUAUUCUUUGCUCAACCAAAAUCAAUUGAUAUGCUCAACAUUUUGCCACCGUUUUGGUCAUGGACUCCACCUACAAAACCAAUACCAAUCGAAUGCCUUUAUUUGUGA